UACCAAACGCACCAAGGAACUCUCAACUUUUCCCAUUGACAGCAUCAACCUUCGUCGACUUCCGUGUUCUCCAAACCGAUCAACACAAAUUUAGUCGCAAUGGCGAAAUCCAAGAACUCGUCCCAGCACAACCAGUCGCGCAAGGCUCACCGUAAUGGUAUCAAGAAGCCCAAGACCAACCGAUACCCGUCUCUAAAGGGAACCGACCCCAAGUUCCGAAGAAACCACAGACAUGCCCUACACGGCACCAUGCGAGCCCUGAAGGAGCUGAAGGAGGGCAAGCGAGAGACGGCAUGAGGUGGUAGAUUUUGGUUUCCGAGACAACGACAUUGCGAAUGCGCAUCAGGGCAAAAACUGGGGGGUUAUUGAGGCAUGAUCAUGGAGUCAAGGUUUCGCAUUUGCUGCUGCUUGUAUCCAGGCACGAUCUUCUACGGUGAAGAUAUGAUGAGGUAACCAAAUGAGUUACAUGUCUCAGUCACCAACCAAUAUCCUGCGCCCUUCCGAUAUUUGUCUUUCUUCGUCUUGACUCGUCGUGCCCGAGCCGGUCGUAGGUUUGCUAAUAAUUGUGAUUCCCGUGACAAAACAAAAACGGCAUAUGUGUGUACAGCUCUAGGCCAUUUCUCCAUGCCUAUUUGCUGAAGGAUGUUUCUUCUCGUGCCGAGAUCGGUUCGCCCGUCUAUUACCAAACACUUGUGCUUCAAUGUUGCCCUAAGGCAAGAGUGCAUGGAGGCUAGGCAACAUUUCUAUUUCCAAUUUUUAUUUUGAUAUUGAAUCCAUCGUCUUUUUACGCUAUGA